UUGCAAUGACAGAAGUGAAUCAUAGAGUAUGUUUAAAAUUACCUGAUAGUAUAACAAAACAAAUUAGUACCUGUGAAAAUAGCGAACAAUAUGUAACAAACUUUUUACAAAAUACAUUACCAUCCACUGAUAUUAAUUCUGUAGCAGAUGAAUUAAGAAAGUCUUUUAUACUGAGUAAGCAUAAACAUAAAUGGAACAAAAAGAAAGGAUGUCGGGGAAAACUAUUAUCUAAUAGGAAGCGAAUGCAACUUGGAUUGCGUAAAAUUGGUUGCAGAAAUGAUAUGAAAUACAAUGAUUUACAGUCGUUAAAUGAAUUGUGGUUGAAUUAUAUGCAACAAAUGUUGGGUAGUAAGUUUUUUACCAACGUACCAACAAGUCCGACUGAUCCAAAUUGGGAAAAUAUUAAUCAGCAAUUAAUUAAAGCAGACUUCCAUGGUGCUGAAAUAUCAGUUGUAGGAUCAAAAUGUCCAAGUUUAGUUGGAUUAAGUGGUAUAGUCAUUCAAGAUACUAAGAAUACUUUCAGAAUAUGUGGAAGGGAUAAUAUUAUUCGAACAAUACCAAAGGAUGUUCUUAUUGUGAGCAUUCAUUUAACAAAUGUAAAAUUAGAAUUAUUUGGCAAAGAUCUUUCCAUAAAACCUAUAGAGCGAACAAUAAAGAAGCUAAAAAGUGGACGUGUGUAUGAACUGUGA